CUUAAAUUCCUUGAACGACGCCACACGUUCUGUCAGUAUUUCAUUUAAUUGUUUUUUUAUUCGAUCGCUUCAGUGCCUUUUAGAAGUCUGGAAUCAACAAACUUUUUUUCUGAAAGAAAUGGUUAAAUAAUCAUCCAGUACGAGCAGGUGGUGGGCCUGUAUUCCUAUCUGACGAGUCCGAUUGUGCGGCUUUAAGUCGCAAGAUCCCACCUCCCUUUGGCUUUUCAGUGGUUUCGAAAGGAGUUGCGUGGAGAUGUGUAUCACCGAACAACUAGUUGUACCAUUCAGUUUUGUCUUUUCCAAAACAGUCAGAUGUUUUUUUUCUCUAGCAUGAGGCCUAUGUAGAUUCUGGAAGUCCGCCUGGAGCGCGAGUGUCUGUGUAUUCGUAACUUAUGUCACUUAUUCCAGCUGCGGAUCGGACAGCGGAUCAGACGAGUUACAGACAUCGUUUUCUGUGCUGAGAUUUUUUUUUAAACAUUUAAACUCAGGAAAUGGUCUGAUGUUGGAAUGUAUUUUAGACCUUCGACAAGAAUGGACGGAUUGUGGAAUAUAUUGUACAUAUUUGUUUCCGCAUACUAAUAUAAGGAAGCGUAUAGUGGUAGUGAAUAGUGUUUUGGUACGCGGCCUGGUUUUCAACUAUCGGACAUACACUAAAGACUGAAUUAUGGGACAGAGCCAAACCCGGGACGAGUCAAACACGCCGCCAGCUCAUUGAUAGAUAUCUUAUCAAACUUUUAUGCGACGACUCGUAACGCUUUAAAUGGAUCACUGCACUUUUGUUAUGUUUUUGCCCGAUUAAUUUGACAUUCAUUCGUCGUAUCGCCUGAGAAACCAAUGGAAGUAUGUUACCAGCUGCCGGUGCUACCACUGGACCGGCCAGUACCGAAACACGUCCUGGGCCGGCGUGGUGCCAUCUCCAUCACCUCGAGUUCGGGUUUGUUCGGUGGUCCUGCCCCCCGCCAACUCUCCAAGAGACGAGGAGCAGUCUCAUACGACAGCUCAGACCAGAUGGUUCUCUACAUCCGCAUGAUUGAUGCUCGAUUGAGAUCUCAGACAAGUUACACAUCUGAGAAAUCUGAGAGAGACGGGUGGACAGCACAGACAGAUACAGUGAGAUCCAGAUUGGAGCUGCAGCCAGGUAGAAGUGCUCGGUGUAUUCACAAGAUUUUGCAUACUUCAUGUUACUGUGGAAAAGACACACAGGAAUCACACCCCAUACUUGACCAGGAGUACAUUAGCCAAGCUAAGUUUAUGCUGAAGAAGGUUGGAAGCUGGAACUUUGACGUCUUCUUGUUUGAUCAACUCUCUAAUGGAAACAGUUUAGUGGAUUUGACUUUUCACCUCUUCAAUGAAUACAGCCUAAUAAAGCUCUUUGAACUGGAUGUGCUCAAACUGCGGCAUUUUUUAGUAAUGGUACAGGAAUCCUACCACAGACAGAACCCCUAUCACAAUGCACUCCAUGCUGCUGAUGUAACACAGGCUAUGUACUGCUUCCUGCAGGAACCACAGCUAUUUGAGUCUCUGACGUCAUGUGAUAUCCUUUUGGGUUUACUGGCUGCAGCAACUCAUGAUUUGGAUCAUCCGGGUGUAAAUCAAUCCUUCCUACUUAAAAGUAGUCACCACUUGGCUAUGCUCUACCAAAACAUGUCUGUGCUGGAAAACCACCACUGGAAAUUUGCUGUCAGCUUGUUGAGAGAGUCAUGUCUACUAUCCCAUUUAUCAUCUACAGACAGAGAGAACUUGGAGAAUCGAUUGGGUUCUCUGAUUCUGGCAACUGAUAUCAGCAGACAUGAUGAGUACCUGAGUGAGUUCAGAGCUCACCUAAACAGAGCUGACUUGCACUUGAACAACAGUCAGGACAGACAUUUCAUUCUGCAGAUGGCUCUGAAAUGUGCAGAUAUUUGUAACCCAUGCAGGCCCUGGCAUCUUAGCAAGCUCUGGAGCCACAAAAUUACUGAAGAAUUUUUUAGACAAGGUGACAUAGAGAGGAGAAAAAAUCUGGAAGUGAGCACUCUCUGUGACAGAAAUACCUACACUGUGGGCAAAAUACAGAUCGGGUUCAUAUCAUUGGUGGAGCCGUUGUUUGCAGAGUGGGCCCGUUUCUCAGACUCACCACUUUCUCGCAUUAUUAUAAGUCACAUGACAUCAAACAAGUUGAAAUGGACCCACCCACCACAAGAGAACAUGUGAGAAACUACUCAUGUGAGAAACUACUCAAAGUCUUCCAAACCCUUUCUAAACCUCUUACACACUUACACACACACACACACACACACACACACACACACACACACACACACACACACACAU